AUGGAAGAUUUGCGUUGCAGUCCGCAGGUGCUUACCCUUCCUGACGUGAUUCCUCCGGGUUUCGAAGUGCUCGUUAUUCGAAACGCCUCGAUUCGUUCGAUUCCAAAGCACGCUUUCCGUCGAAUGGAUCGGUUACGAGAGAUUCACGUGGAGCAUUGCAAUCAGUUGACGUUUCUCGAGAAGUUCGCUUUUAAAGGAAUGAAGAAGUUAAGGCUGAUCAGCUUCACCAAUUGUCCAAGGCUCAACGAAAUACCAAAGGCCUCGUUUUCCGGAAUUGGCAACGACUUUGGAGUGAAAAUUCAAUUUCAUCGAACUCCUGUGCAACGAGUUCAUAGCGGGGCAUUCCGGCAUGCUCACAAUAUCAGGGAAUUGUCGAUCUCAGGUUCAGAUUUGGCCCUAUCGCGGCAUGCGUUUGCAUCAAUCAACCAGCUGGAUUUCCUCACCGUUACUGGUGUGACAGUGAUUGAGCCGCAGCUGUUCACAAAUUCGACUCGAUUUCAUAUUGUACAUUUGAAGGAUUUGAAUUGUGAGAUUCCACCGCGUGCAUUCGAAGAUUUGGCACAUGUCCAUCAGGUUCUGAUCCAACGAAGUAAAAUAGCAACGAUCAGUACAGAUGCUUUCACAGGCCUUAGCACGGUAGAGACGGUGGAACUCUUUGACAAUCAGAUCGGCAUGAUUGCUGCCAGAGCAUUUGCUUCGAUCAUAAAUCUUGGUCGGAUACGAAUCGCCCGAAAUCACAUUGAGACCCUUCAAACGGUUGAAUCAUUGCUUUCGACGGCAAUUCAGACACGUAUCGAAGAAAACACAAUCGAGUGCGGUUGCGAUUUGCAGUGGAUGACCGUGUAUGAGACACGCAUUGAAGAGAACACAAUCGAGUGCGGUUGCGAUUUGCAGUGGAUGACCGUGUAUGAGGACCGACGAGCCGCUGAUGUGAACUACUGUGGCGCUAGUGGUGUGCAUCGGACAGUUCGUAGCUAUCUGAGACAAUUUUGUCAUAGACCACAUCCUACAGCGCUGUCAACAUUGUCGUCAUCAGAAACGUCAUUUGUCGUUACUAAUCAUGAUAGGAUGCUUGAGAGUCGGUCAAGGCAGUUUCCGGCAUGA